GUUGAAGUUUUCAGUAGCCCGCAGAAAUUUUGAGUGUAAUUAAGAACAUACUUACAGGAUAAGAUUCUUUAAAAUAUUUUAAACACAUUUUAAUAAUAAUUCGUAUUUUUAAGAAAGAUUUUUAACAUCAAAUAAUACUGUAUAUUUUCUGCUAUUUUAUUAUUUUUUAGCUCCGGAACAAUUUCAACAUUCUGGCGGUUUUCUGAAUAGCAGUUAGAUCUCCGUGUUGUGUUAUGAUGUUUACGUUCAAAAAUUCUGAAAUUGUAAAUGUAACAAAAGUUUCAUUGUAUUAGAUGAGAAUUCGUAGGGUUUUUCUAAUAAUUAAAGCUGUAUAGCGUAUGCAGUUGGUUUUGGGUUGAUGUUUGUAAUACCGAAAGCGUUUCACCAGUAAGUUCCGAACUGUCGUUGAAUCCAGUUUGCAAAACAAACCACAGACUAUUUUUUUUUUUUUUUUUUUUUAUCAAACUGCUUUUCUUCUUUAAUCUGUGCUCUAUUUGUUAAACAUUACGAACUUUAGUUUAAAAUAAAACAUGUCCGCGAUGGAACAACAAGCUGCUGUAGUUGAAGAGGCUGAAGAAUCUGGUCCACAGAGAAUAAAGAAAUUGGAAGGAAAUGGCAUAUCUGCAAAUGAUAUUAAGAAGCUUGAGGAAGCAGGAUUUUAUACUGUAGAAUCUGUUGCAUUUGCUCCCAAGAAGGAACUUCUAGCGAUCAAGGGUAUAAGUGAGGCAAAAGCAGACAAAAUGAUGGCAGAAGCUGUGAAACUUAUUCCCAUGGGUUUCACUACUGCCACAGAAUAUUAUAUGCGAAGAUCAGAAUUGAUUCAAAUCACAACAGGAUCCAAGGAACUUGAUAAGCUUCUAGGAGGUGGUAUUGAAACUGGUUCAAUUACUGAAAUAUUUGGAGAGUUUCGAACUGGUAAAACUCAAUUAUGCCACACUCUGGCAGUUACUUGUCAACUGCCAAUAGAUUAUAAUGGAGGAGAAGGAAAAUGUCUGUAUAUUGAUACAGAAGGAACUUUACGACCUGAAAGACUGAUAGCUACCUGUAAGCGAUAUAAUUUGUCACAUGAGGCAGUUCUGGAAAAUGUUGCAUGUGCCAGAGCAUACAACACUGACCAUCAGAUGCGUUUGCUAGUGCAAGCAGCUGCCAUGAUGAUUGAAUCUCGGUAUGCUUUAUUGAUUGUUGACAGUGCUACUGCACUAUACAGAACAGAUUAUUCUGGAAGAGGAGAGCUUGCUUCAAGACAGAUGCAUUUAGCAAAAUUUUUAAGAAUGCUUUUAAGGCUUGCUGAUGAGUUCGGUGUUGCAGUUGUCAUAACCAAUCAAGUCGUUGCACAAGUAGAUGGGGCUUCAAUGUUUACUGCAGAUCCCAAGAAACCCAUUGGAGGAAAUAUUAUUGCUCAUGCUUCAACAACUAGAUUGUACUUAAGAAAAGGUAGAGGUGAUACAAGAAUCUGCAAGAUAUAUGAUUCUCCUUGUCUACCUGAAGCAGAAGCUGUGUUUUCAAUUAAUGCUGAUGGUAUUGGUGAUGCGAAAGAAUGAAUGUUUAAUAAACUUUGUAUUUGUAACAUA